AUUGAUCAUGGAGAUCCAGUACGCAGCUGAGCUAUGCUUUCAACAGCUGCCUAAUAUUUCCUGCAGGAAGCCAAGACUUCACUGGACCAAAGCUGCAUUUUUUAACAUUUUUCUUUCUAUCAUCUCUAUUAUUACUGUAAUUCUGAACCUGCUUGUCAUCAUUGCAGUCUCCCACUUCAGGCAGCUCCACACUCCAACUAACAUCCUCCUCCUCUCUCUGGCUGUCUCAGAUUUUCUCGUGGGGCUUCUGUCUUUGCCAUUGGAUAUUUACAGAAGCACAUCUUGCUGGUUUCUUGGUGAAAUGAUGUGUGCUUUUUUUUUUUUUCUUGCCUGCCAAAUUCCAUUUGUUUCAGUGGGUAAUAUGAUCUUGAUAUCAGUUGACCGCUACGUGGCCAUUUGUCACCCUCUGCAUUACCCCACUAGAAUCACUGCAGUGAGAGCUAAAAUAUGUGUUUGUCUGUGUUGGCUCUGGUAUGGUCUCUACAGCUUAUUUUAUAUCCGGGAUCAGAUAACUCAUCUCAAUCAGCCUUUCAGGAAAGAUUCCUGUCUAGGGGAAUGUGCUUAUAUAGUUAGCUAUGCUACAGGAGUGGUUGAUCUCAUUUUUACACUUAUUCUUCCAGUAACAGUGAUUGUUUUUCUUUACAUGAGAGUGUUUGUGGUAGCUGUGAUUCAGGCUCGUACCAUGCGUUCUCAUGUUACAUUUGUCUCUGUUCAACAUUCAGGUAAAGUAAGAGCAAAGAGAUCAGAGCUGAAAGCAGCCAGGACUCUUGGUGUUAUUGUCUUUGUUUAUCUGUUGGCUUUCUGUCCAUAUUAUUGUUAUUCUCUUGUAGACAUUUAUUUGACAAAGAGUGUGUUUGCAUACUUCUUGAUUGGUUUUAUUUAUUUUAACUCAUGCCUGAACCCAAUGAUCUACACUUUGUUUUACCCCUGGUUCAGAAAAGCUAUAAAGCUCAUCAUCACUCUGCAGAUACUCAAGCCUAAUUCCUGCGAGACAAACAUGCUGUAGAGAGACUGUAGAGUUACUGAAGCAACAUAACAUUGAUGGAAUAUUACUGCCUGUGAAUUUUAAACCCAGUUAAAACGGUAAAAAUAAAUGUAUUUUGUCUUUUGUGUUUUUGGAUGGAACCUCAUAGACGUAAUAAUAAUAAUUUAAUUUUACAAAAAGACAACACCCAAAGGAUCAGAAAAUAAAUUUUUAUCUCAAUAACAGUGGAAAAAGAUAUCAUCAGACUGUUUUCGUCUUCCGUUGAAUGAGUAUUAAAAUCAUGAUUUCUUGUCGCAAAGUUUUAAAUAACUUCAGCAACUUCUGAAAGCAGUUAAUGAUCAGAGUCUGAGCUUUGUAAAGGCAUAAUGAUGUCAUUUGCAGAGGAUGUUUCUUUUCUUGUUCCACUGGGACAUGCCUCUAUUGGAACAUUGGGGUCAGUUCUCUCACAAUAACCAACGCUUUUUUCAAAAUCUCCAAUUAAACUGGUUAGCCCUCAUUUAACAGUUUAAUCAAGGUGGAAAGAACAGAAUGUGAUGCAAAUGUCUGGCACAACAUACUUUUACACCUUGCUGUCACUUUGUGAACUCCAUUAGACCAGCUGUAGCUCAUCUUUUACCCAUGUGAGAGGUCACUUUAUGACAAUCUGUACAUUUUUAAAAGUUCUGUUCAUCCGUUGAGCAAACAAAAAAAAAAAAUCAACGUCUAAACAAAAGUGAGCAAAAUCAUGCAUGGACAUUCAAAAAAGUUUUGCAGUUGAAUUAAAACUGAGUGUUUUGUCAUUUGUCUAUUUUAAGACUGGACAAGAUUGGUUUGGAGAAAAUAUCCUGAGUAAAAAAAUGGAAAGAAGAAAAAGGGGAUUAAGACAAAAUUACAAAUGGUUGGAAAAAAAGAGACAUUGACCCAAUAGACAACAGAAGUUCAAUCAGGAGAUGUUUAAGAAAAUAAAAAAAGUUUUAACACAAAUUUGUUGUCACAAAAAGUCUUAUGGACAUUUUUUAGUUAGCAAAUAGGAUUAAAUAAACAAGUCAAAA